GUGUGUGUGUGUGUGUGUGUGUGUGUGUGUGUGUGUGUGUGUGUGUGUGUAGCAUGGUUAGAGGAGCAUGACGAUCCUGAGCACAAAGCCGUGUAAAGCUUUGACUCGCCGCACGGUGUGUGUGUCUGUGUGUGUGUGUGUGUGUGUGUGUGUGUGUGUGUGUGCGCGGUGAGUGUAGAGGAGUGUGUUCUAGGGGUCAGUGAUGUUGUGGGGCAUAAAUAGUGUUGUUUUUUUAACGAAGUUGACAGAGUCAGAAAGGCACGAUGAUAAAUAACGAACUUAAGCUGGUUUCUCCGCUCGGUUCCCAAAUUAAAACAGAUUGCGCCGUCUGAUGUCCUUCCUUUUAUUCCCGAUGAGAUAAUAACUGAAGAGCUUUCUCGGUACGGACGAGUGGUCUCCCAUAUUAAGAGAAUCCCCCUUGGCCGGUGGUCCUCACCUAGUGUCUUUUAGGAGAGUGGCUUUUAUGGUUUUUAUGGAAGGAACAGAAGAGCUCAGUGCUGUUCAAUCUGAUCACAGCAUCUUUGUAUCUUUACAUGAGGAUAUGAAAUGCUUUCACUGUGUGCAAAUGGGGCAUCUUGUUCGGGGUGACCCUGGUGUUCCUGAGCAACCGGGACAAGUAGCAGCUGAGCCGGCUAGGGUCGUUCUCCCUGUGGCUACAGUUCUUCCAGCCGCCCGGAACUGUUGCUGCUGCUCACCAGGGCCGAGUGAGAGUGAACCUCAAGCCCAGUCUGCAACCCAGAAAACCUCUCACGAUAUCAGAAGAACUUCGCUCGGCUGAACUGGAGCGGAAAAGUCCUGCUCGGUGGAUUCUGGUGCAGUGCUGGAGCUGGAGCUGGGACGGGGGAGACGUGGAAAUGGUGGAAGAGCCCAGCUUUAAAGACUGUAGGGACUGUAGCAAGCGAGGACUUUUUCCCCAGACAGACAACAGUUUAUCUAUUUCCACGAUGUCAAACAUUUUAGAAGAGAAUGUGCUUUCUGUCGAUGUUGAAAUGUUUAGGUUGUGUUUUAUGUUGGAGACGUUUUAACCUUCUGUUUAUUUUAUAAUGAGUGGGAUUCAUAUUGCGAGCUUGGUCGAGAUCUCGAUGGUGCAAGAGACCACAGCGAGAGAGCUAAAUUAUAUGGACUCUUAAAGCAGAAGCGUACCGAUGUUGCCAUGUUUCGGGAAACCCACGGCGACGGCGGUAAUGUCGCCGAUCGUGGGAAGGCCCGGGAUUGGUCGGCGAUCUUAUUAAGUCACAACGCAACACUAAGCGGUGGAGUCGCCUCGCUGUUUACUCGCAAUUUUAUUCCUUGUUCUUGUUCGGUUGAAGAGAUUUGAAGUCUCUUAAAGACAGCUUUAAGCUCUCGACAGCAGCGGGUGACUAAAAUACAGUCAGAAGUACAACUCUUGACAGCACAAUAGACAUUGAUGGAUCUCUGAGAUGCUGGUUUACUCACGCUUUAAGAGUGUGACCGAGAUGGAUGCUUCUUCUAAGUUCUAAUUCGGUUUAGAGCAAAAGGAUGGACAGGACAGAUCCGUACUGUACUGUACGUGCUCAGCGAACAGAAUCGUGACCUCUCAUCAGAGACCAGUGAAAUUCACAAGCAGAGAGGAAGCUUCUACUGUAAACUGUACAGCAGUGAGCGGUCAGAUGUUGAUGACCCUAAUUGUUUCCCUCAUGGGCGGGGCCUGACGGGGGCCGAGGCUGGUCCUGGCCUCUGUGUAUAAAAUGGGAGGCCGGUGAAGGGCUUCAGUCGUGGGGUCUGGACUCAGCGGUGUGGUGCAUGCUGUGCCGUGGAGGAAGAGAGAAGCUGGAUCAGGCUUGUCAGAGAGGCAAAGUGGUGCUACAGCUACCCAAAGCCAUGCUCCAACUCAAACUGCCCCGCCUCUUCAACAUCCACCAAAUCCCUAAGGUGUUUUGGGAGGAUAGCAUCAUAUCCGGUUACAGACAUCCUCAAAGCUCCGCCCUGGACUGCAUCCUCAGCAGCUUUCAGAUGACCAAUGAGACGGUGAAUAUCUGGACCCACUUCCUGCCGACAUGGUACUUCCUGUGGUGCUUCUGUGCGCUCUGUUCUACGGUGGACUUCCUGUCUGAGAGCUACACGUGGCCGCUGCUGGUGUACAUGCUGUUAAUCUGCUUGUAUCCCUUCACAUCCUGCUGCGCUCACACCUUCAGCACCAUGUCACUUGAAGCUCGGCAUAUCUGCUAUUUCUUCGAUUACGGAGCACUCAGCCUUUACAGCCUGGGUUGUGCGAUCGCGUAUGGCUCCUAUGUGAUGCCCGAAUGUUGGGUGAACAGUCGACUCCAUCGCCACUUCGUUCCCAUCGCCAUCGCUAACUCCGUCUUCUGCACCAGCACGUCCUGCUACUCCAGGUUUUUAGAAUUACAGUUUCCUCAGAGGAGUAAAGUUUUACGGACCGGAGCCUUUGUUCUUCCCUUCAUGUUCGACACCAUCCCACUGGUCUACAGACUCUUGCUGUGUUUCGGAGGAAGCUGCACUCACACAGACGCCGUAUCCAGUCACUGCUAUCACCUGCUGUUUGCGUUCCUCACCUGCUUCCUGUUCGCUUCUCACCUGCCCGAGAGACUCGCGCCAGGACGCUUCGACUACUUUGGCCACAGUCACCAGCUGUUCCACAUCUGCGCGGUGGUCGGCACACACUUCCAGAUGGAGGCGGUUCUGACAGAUAUGACGUCACGCCAGAGCUGGAUCGCCGCCCACUCGGCCGCACCGUCCUUCAUGGGAACGCUGGGAGCUCUGGCCCUCGGCAUCCUGCUCAACCUGGGCAUCAUCGCUCUGUUCAGCGCCAGUCUGCUGCGUGCUCCACACCUCAGCCCCGAGAAAGGAGGCACUACGAUCCGCACACCGCAGCCGAGCGCCGCCGCCGCGAAAGACGAGUAAAACUCUCAAGCGCUUCAGAAAAAAGAAGCUCUAAACACGGUCCAGGGACUAAAAAAUAGAGAUGCACCGAAAUUUCAUUGAGUUUAAAAUAAUUUUGGCAAUUUUUUUAAUUUUGAAAUGAUAACAAUGGCAAAAAAAAAUCCCAGAAAUAUUUCUUUUAAUUAUUUAAGAUUAAUUUUUAAAAAUAAUCCUGAUAUAUAAACUCAAAUGGAGUAACCGGGAUUUUGCCCAAAAAAUUAGAAACAAGAUGACUUUUAAUAGUUUGAGACAAAUUUCAAUUAUAAAAUCGUCAAAACUAAAUUAAAUUAUAUAUUUAAUCGAUAAAAUCGAUGUAUAAAUAAAUGAAAACUUAAAUAAAUAAAAAAUACAUUAAAAAAAAAGUCAAAAUAUUGAUUAUAUUCUUGCACUAGUAAAUUGUUCGGUGUUGUGAGAUGUGGAGAAAAAUCGUCCACAAAUAUUUUUAAUUUAUCUUUUAUUAUUAUUAUUAUUAUUCUUUCAUCACCGAAAGACCAAACAAUGGUCUUUCGGUGAUGUAUCCCCACCACCCCCACCACCACCAAAAAAGCACUUUUUAUAGAAUUAUAUUUGACAUUAACAGCACUAUUAACAUUCUUAUUUAUUUAUUUUUUUAAAUUUAUGGCUUUUAUCUUCCUCGUCACGUCGGAUUUUUUGACUUUUUCCCUGUUGUUAACGUCUCAAACGACCUUCAGAGGAAGGAGGUAAACGUGGCCGCGUCCACGAUCCAAAAUUCACCCGCCGACUCUCGUCUGUUUUAAAUAAAUACCGACCCGAAAAUUUCGGUAGGACACAAAUGUAACGACACGAUUAAAAUCCUUCAUAAAAAAUGUACAAAAUUUAAAAGAUUAUAUAUGUUUAAAAAAAAUAUAUAUAUAUAUAUAUAUAUAUAUAAAAAAGACAUUUUGAUACAAAAUGUUAACAUCGGUAUCGGCUACUCGUCCUGUUUAUAUUUACACAAAAAAAACCCAAAAAUUGUAUUAAAAAAUAAAUAAAUAAAUAAUCAUCAGUACGAUAUCAGUGAUAUCUCACAGACUUUACAUUGUAUAAUUAACGCAUGGUGAUGAUGACUAAAUGACUAAAAAAACGAGCCUUGAAAUGUCUUGAAUUUGUGUUUUUUCAGUUCGGUGCAUCGCUAUUUUAAACCGUAUUCCAACAGACAGCAUUUACACAGUCCACUGCUUCGUAUUUUAUUUUAUUUUGAGUUAUUUUACUCCUUUAUAGCUCUUUAGUUUAGUUUGGUAUUUCAGCUGAUGACCCUGAUACCAUCACCUUUCUGUUAGAGACUAAUUGUUCUGUGGUAUAAACAAAGCACAACAACAACAACAACAACAAAAGCUCGGGGCUUAAAUGAAGCGAAUACCGAAUGCAUUUAGGGAUUCUGUGUACAAGACAUUAUUAUUAUGAUAAUGAUGAUGAUGAUGUCACUAAUUUAUGCAAAUGUUAUUCGUAACAGCAACCGACUGGAAGACGUUAUUUCGUGCAGGUUCGUUUCCUCGCUGUACAGGAGCGCCGACGCUGCUCGCUUGUCGUCGUUCCUGUUUUCUGUGUGUAAAUAUUUAUUAUUUAGGAUUAUUUUUGUUUUUUAGAGCGUUCUAUAAUCUAUAAUAAGCUAAUCUGAGUGAAAUCCUUUCACCCUAAUAUCCUAUAAGAAUAUUGAUCUGUGUUGAGAUUCUGUAGUCAAACUUCUCGGUGCACAUUUACUUUACACUGAAGUCCUUCCGGUGAAUUCCGUUCCCUCGGCGACCGUCGUUGUUUUUGUUUGUUUGUUUGUUUGUUUGUUUGUUUGUUUGUUUUUUUCCAGUCGUACCAGAAGACCAUACAAAGAUCUACCUGAACAAACCGGAAGUGCAUCAGACGCCUCGCGCACGGAUUUGCCGUGAGCUUACGGCUUCUUUUAUGAGACGUUUAUAAAUAAAAACAAACCUUUUUGCACUUUUUAUUGAACGAACACGGCAAAGCUCUUUAUAAGGAAGAAUCUGAUUGGCUGAAGGGGCGGAGCUUUUAAUAAAAGAGGCGGGGUAUUUUAGGGAAGGGCAGGGUUUUGUCAGAGGGGUGGGGUUUUGGUGUAGAGGCGGGGAUUGGGUGUUACACAUUGAGCUUUUUUUAAUAAAAAAAAUUGGUGCUCAUAGAGCUGCAUAAAUCCUUCCUGACGCCUGACAUAACGCUACAUGCACAAAGUCUUAUUCAAGCAGACGUCACAGGACUGCGUCUGUUCGUUUAAAUCAUCCUCCAGCUGACGUUUGCUGUCCAAUAAAAUAAUCAGUGUUUUCAUAACGUUAUAAUGCAUUCAUAAGCUAUUACACACCCUAAAGAUAGUUAUGAAAAUUAAUUAUACGUUGUAGCCAUCUUCAUUAUGCAUUACGAAUUGUUAAAGUCAUUCACUAUUAAUAAAAAAGUAGUGUUCAUAACACGUUAUGUCACCAGGCCUCAUUGUGCAUUAUGAGACAUUAUAACGUGUUUAUAAAUGCCUUAUAACCAGUGCUACAGUCUGUAAAGCCUUUGCAUCAUGAAUAAGUAUCCUGAUGAGCGUAACGCUUUAUGAACACAUUAUAACAUGAUGUGAAUGUACUUCCAUGAAAAAGAAGUUUUUAUGUCAUUUUUAUUAAACUUUAUUAAAGUGGCAGAAAUAAAUCUAAAUCAAAUGAA